AUGGCAUUCCCUGAUUCUUUUGUUGUUGAUUUGGGCUCUCGUUUUGCUAUGAAGGACCUGGGCGCCUUACACUAUUUUUUGGGGAUUGAGGUGUCUACCACUGCCCAAGGCCUUUUCUUAUCCCAGGCUAAGUAUGCCCAUGAUAUCCUUCCUCGUGCUUAUAUGGGGGACAUCAAGCCCAUGUCUACACCCAUGGCGCUCCGGUCUGACUCUACUACUUCUAAGUCUUUCCCUGAUGUCACUUUAUAUAGGAGCCUUGUGGGUGCCUUACAGUACCUCACCAUAACAUGCCCGGAUAUCUCCUAUGCUGUGAAUUCGGUUUGUCAGUUUAUGCAUGCACCAACCAUAGCUCAUUUUUGUAUGGUGAAACGCAUCCUUCGUUAUGUUCGGGGUAUGAUUGAUCAUGGGCUUCGUAUUGCUGGGUGUCCAGUUAUUCGUCAUUCUACCACGGGUUUUUGCACUUUUCUUGGUGCUAACUGUAUCUCAUGGAGUGCCAAGAAGCAACCCAUAGUUGCUCGCUCCAGUACGGAGGCCGAGUACUGUGCGAUGGCUACUACCACAGCAAAAUUGACUUGGUUGUCUUCUCUUCUUCGUGACAUUGGCAUUCCUCAACUGCAGCCUGUUAUGCUGUUUGGUGAUAAUCUCAGUGCCUUGCAUAUGACUGUUAAUCCUGUGUUUCAUGCUCGUACUAAGCAUGUUGAGCUUGACUACCAUUUUGUUCUUGAGAAUGUGGCUCUUGGCUUGCUUGUUACGCGGUUUGUUCCCUCUCAUCAUCAAUUGGCUGAUGUCUUCACUAAGCCUCUUGGCCGUCGGGAUUUCCUUCAUAUUUGUAUCAAACUGAGGCAGAUCAGUCCAAUGGAUGAGUGCUUCCCAACAGUUAGAAAAAGGCUGUUUGGCCAAACAUUGUGUGAUGAGCGGUUGCUGGUUGAAGACGAAGAAGAUGCCCAUAUCUCCAACAAUGGAGAAGAGUUGCAAGAGCCACUUCCAUGGCAGAAAGAGCACCAGUGGAUGCUUCCAAAGAAGAAAAGGACCCCAGAAGUUGUUUCGGCUAAAUGGGAUUACUGA